AUGGAAGAGAAUACUCGACCUAAUUCAAAGCAAACUAAGCAUCAAUGGACGCCACACGAAGAUGCAAAAUUAGUUGAAUGUUUGGUAGAGCUUGCAACUACUUAUUGGAAGUGUGACAAUGGCACGUUUAAAUCCGGUUAUGGAAAACAUUUGGAAAAAAUGCUGCAUGAAAAGAUCCCUGGAUGUGAUCUUAAGACUAAUCCACACAUUGAAUCAAGGGUGAAAUUACUAAAAAGACAAUAUUUUGCAAUAUUUGAGAUGAUGGGCACGACUGAGAGUGGAUUUAGUUGGAAUGACAAAGAUAAAAUGAUUGUGGUGGAGCGACAAAUUUUCGAUGAAUGGAAGAGUUCCCAUCCUAAUGCUAAUGGCCUCUAUAAUAAACCAAUUCCACAUUUUGAAGAGUUGGGAAUAGUAUUUGGUAGAGAUAGGACUCAAGGAGGCAAUGCAGAAAAUGUAACUCAAGCAGUUGCGACAAUGGAGGCUGAGCGCGAAACAACCUUGAGUGAUCGACAAGUGAAUGAAAACACCCAAAUAAAUUUGGAAGAGACCGAAAUGGAAUAUGAAGCUGAUUCUCAAGAGCCUCCAAUUCCUGGUGUUCCUGCUGCUCCCGGUGCUUCUGCUGUUCCUAGUUCUUCUGCUGCUCCUAGUGCUUCAUAUAUAGAAAGGAAUAAAAGAAAAAGAGGGAGCAAAAGUGAGGAAGUGAUUGACAUAGUAGUAGAAUCAAUGAGAGAUAUGAAAGGUGCUCAUCAUGAACAUACAGCCGUUUUAGUUGAUAUAGUUUCUUGUUUUAAGCAUGAGAAAGAAGGAGCUGAGUGCAGAAUGAAGCUAAUGGCACUGUUGAGAGAUGUUCCUGGUUUGAGCGGUGAUGAUAGAAUAAAGGCUGGCCUUAGCAUUUUAAGGGACAAUAGUUUGAUCGACAUGGUGUUUCAACUUCAACCGGAGGAACUUUUGCCAUUUUUGAAGAAAUUACUUUAA